UGGCAUGGCUAAUUUUUAAGAGAGGACUCCAUCGUGAACAAUGCUGAAGAGAAAAUUCAGACUCCCCUAGCAUGCAUAGCAGUUCUGUUUGUUUUUCCUGUAAGAUACGCCUUCAGAGACAUGAAAGAAUCACAAAACAAUGUGGAAUCUGGAUUGAUUCCAGUUUCAUUUUGGCAACAUUAGCAGCUGUAAUCUCAGCCUCGCCUGUCUUAUUGUUGGUAGAAAUAAAGAAAGCUGGAGCCUUGUCAACUCCAAGAAUCAGAGUUAGGAGGAGGGAAAGACAGAGGCAGACUAGCUGAGUGUGGACAAGGAUGGAUCUGAGCUGCAGUCACUCUGUGAAGCUGAAUGAUGGGCACUUCAUGCCAGUGCUUGGAUUUGGCACUUUUGCUUCUGCAGACAUUCCCAAGAGUAAGGCCGGCGAGGCCACCAAAGUGGCUAUUGACGCAGGUUUCCGUCACAUCGAUGCGGCCUACUUCUAUCAAAAUGAGGAGGAGAUCGGGGCAGCCCUCCGAGAGAAGAUUGCCGAUGGCACUGUGCAGAGAGAGGACAUUUUCUACAUCAGCAAGCUUUGGGCUACUUUCCUUCGACCAGAAUUGGUUCGACCAGGGCUGGAAAGGUCACUGAAGAAGCUUCAGCUGAGCUACGUGGAUCUCUUCCUUAUUCAUAUGCCGCUCGCUCUGAAGCCUGGGGAAGAACUUCUGCCAAAGGAUGCCAAUGGGGACAUUAUCUUAGAUACAGUGGACAUUCGUGACACGUGGGAGGCCCUGGAGAAGUGUAAAGAUGCAGGUUUAACCUAGUCCAUCGGGGUGUCUAAUUUCAAUCAUAAACAGCUGGAACUGAUCUUGAACAAACCAGGGCUCAAGUACAAACCCACCUGCAACCAGGUGGAAUGUCACCCUUACCUCAACCAGAGCAAACUCCUGGAGUUCUGCAAGUCCAAGGACAUUGUUCUAGUUGCCUACAGUGCCCUGGCGUCCCACAGAGACCCAAACUGGAUAGACCCAAAUAUCCCACGUCUCCUGGAGGAGCCAAUCUUGAAUGCCAUUGCCAAGAAACACAAUCGAACCCCAGGACAAGUUGCCCUGCGCUACCAGCUGCAGCGGGGGGUGGUGGUCUUGGCCAAGAGCUUCAGUGAGAAGAGAAUCAAAGAGAACUUACAGGUUUUUGACUUUGAAUUGACUCCAGAGGACAUGAAAGCGAUCAACGGCCUCGACAGAAAUUUCCGAUACUCUCGAUUGCUGUUUGCUGUUGACCACCCUUAUUAUCCAUUUUCUGAAGAGUAUUGACCAUGAGCUACAGAACAUUCCUUCUAGAAUUCCUUUUCUCUAGGCUGUGAGGGGAGGAUUUCCGUGUUUGGUGGAGGAGACAGGAAGCAGGGUCUGUAGUAUCAGGUUCUUUAGUGUCAUUUUCUCAUUUUUUGAAAUAAUAAAGACUUCAAAUGAAA